AGUAUCAUUUCUUGUGUUCUUUAGAAUAGUAAAGAAAUAACACAAGAUUGAUGAUGAGGUACAUCACUGUAAUCUUCAGCCCUGAUUAGCCUAAACAGACCAACUAAAGGAACUGCAUCUUUUCUAAUACUAUGUAUGUUCUAAUCUCAUCAUGUAAUCUUUUCCUUUGAAGUAAACAUCAUCUAGUCCAACCCCAGACGCAGAAGCAAGAGACCCAGAUGGAAAGCAGAGAGGAGAGAGCUCUCGUCUCAUUUGUCAUCGCAUCACUCUCGGCAUCACGCCCCCCACAUGCUGCCUGCCAGUCAGUCUCCAGCUCCAGACUGUGACUACCCGUGGACGCAUGCCUCCGUGCAAACAAAUUAUCAUCAGGAGUUCACAGCCAGAGACCACUAGAGACUUUUUCUACUCCGAAUUUCUGCUCGUAGCAGCAGAUUUAGGUGUUCAGUGCUCAGCUCUAGUACACACAACCAUUGGGCCGCAGGCGGAGAGAGUGCUUGCUAAUUGGCCACGCAUUGAUGCUGGCAUGCUGCCCAGCUACUCGCAAUAAUGUGUUGUUGUUGUUGUUGUUCAUCUUGACUCCGUCCGUCGGUCGGUCCGUCCGUCCGUCCACCACACGCAUCAGUGCCCCGUACUACUCCAUGCGUCUCAAUGCUGCAGCUUGUUGUGUGACAGAGAGAGCUUCCAUCGCCAUACCAUUCCUUGACGACUCGUUUCUUCCUUCUUGGAUUCUCAAUUUACACGCAGUUUGUGCUUCCCCCGAAAGCUGCUGCCAGCGCGGCGCUUCUUUGGGCUCCUCUUGCCUUUAAGCUGCUUCUUUGUUCUUUUCUUUUGUUCUACUAGCCGCUUUUUUCCUUUUGCUGCUUUUUUCGUUCUUGGUUUUCUUGAUCUCCCUUGUUGAUCUAAUGCUCUUAUCCUGAGGUGGUAGAAACCCCAUUGGUUUGGUAGAGGGAUGUUCUGAUAGAUGAUUGCAUCGGCAGACAGGUUCUUCUUGCGCCGCUGCAAAUCUUGAAGAGGGCAUGUCGGAGUCGAGCAGAGCGUUCGAGGUGAAUGUGCCGUCCUCCAGCGAGCCGGCGGUCCCGGCCGGCGGCAAGAAGAAGAAGGGCGGCGGCGGGAGCGUGGCGUUCCACAGGCUGUUCGCGUUCGCCGACGGCGGGGACGCGGCGCUGAUGCUGCUGGGCGCGCUCGGCGCCGUGGCCAACGGCGCCGCGCUGCCGCUCAUGACCGUCCUCUUCGCCGGCCUCGUCGACGCCUUCGGCGGCGCCGCGGCCGGCACCGGCGACGUCAUGGCGCGCGUCUCCCAGGUCUCGCUGGACUUCGUCUACCUGGCCGUCGCCUCCGCCGUGGCCUCCUUCGUCCAGGUGACGUGCUGGAUGAUCACCGGGGAGCGGCAGGCGGCGCGGAUACGGAACCUGUACCUGAAGACCAUACUCAGGCAGGAGGUGGCCUUCUUCGACAUGUACGCCAGCACGGGCGAGGUCGUCGGGAGGAUGUCGGGCGACACGGUGCUCAUCCAGGACGCCAUGGGGGAGAAGGUCGGCAAGUUCAUCCAGCUGCUGGUGACAUUCCUGGGGGGAUUCGCCGUGGCCUUCGCGCAGGGCUGGCUCCUCACCCUCGUCAUGCUGGCCACCAUCCCGCCGCUCGUCGUGUCUGGCGCCGUCAUGUCCAGCGUUGUUGCAAGAAUGGCGUCGCUGGGCCAGGCCGCCUAUGCUGACGCCUCGGUCGUCGUCGAGCAGACUGUCGGCUCCAUUAGAACAGUUGCAUCAUUCACCGGGGAGAAGAAGGCAGUGGAGAAGUACAACAAAUCACUGAAGAGUGCUUACAGCUCCGGUGUCCGGGAAGGCCUCGCCGCAGGCGUUGGCAUGGGCACCGUCAUGGUGCUCCUGUUCUGUGGUUACUCCCUUGGUAUAUGGUAUGGAGCCAAGCUGAUCCUGGAGAAGGGAUACACCGGCGCACAGGUCAUGAAUGUCAUUUUCGCGGUGCUCACUGGUUCGCUCGCUCUAGGACAGGCAUCACCAAGCAUGAAAGCAUUCGCAGGCGGGCAGGCUGCUGCAUACAAGAUGUUUCAAACAAUAAACAGGGAGCCUGAGAUCGAUGCGUACAGCACAGCAGGUAGGAAGCUAGAUGACAUUCAGGGGGAUAUCGAAUUCAGAGAUGUUUACUUUUCUUACCCGACUAGGCCCGACGAGCAAAUAUUCAGAGGUUUCUCCCUUGCCAUACAGAGUGGCACUACCAUUGCAUUGGUUGGCCAGAGUGGUAGUGGCAAAUCAACAGUCAUCAGCUUGAUUGAACGGUUUUACGACCCUCAGCUCGGCGAAGUUCUAAUAGAUGGAAUGAAUAUCAAGGAGUUGCAGUUGAGGUGGAUCAGAAGUAAAAUUGGCCUAGUGAGCCAGGAGCCAGUCCUGUUUGCUGCUAGCAUAAGAGAUAACAUUGCUUAUGGCAAGGACAACGCGACAAAUCAGGAAAUUAGAGCUGCAGCUGAGCUUGCUAACGCAUCGAAAUUCAUUGAUAAAUUGCCCCAGGGUUUCGCUACUUCUGUUGGUGAACAUGGAACACAAUUAUCUGGCGGGCAAAAGCAAAGAAUUGCUAUUGCCAGAGCAAUUCUCAAAGAUCCAAAAAUCCUACUAUUGGAUGAAGCAACAAGCGCUUUGGACACUGAAUCUGAAAGGAUUGUGCAGGAGGCCCUUGAUAGGGUCAUUACAAAUCGGACCACUGUCAUAGUUGCUCACCGUUUGAGUACUGUCAGGAAUGCUGAUACUAUUGCUGUCAUACAUCGAGGAUCAAUAGUCGAAAAAGGUCCACACCAUGAUCUUCUAAGAGAUCCAGAGGGAUCUUACAGCCAACUGAUACGCCUACAGGAAACAAGUCAUACUUCUGAAGGUGCAAAUUACCAGAACAAGUCAGGUAGAAAGGGUGAUUCAGGGAUUCACUUUGGCAAACAGUCAUCAGCAGAUCGGUCACGCAGCCAAACAAUUUCUCGGGACAAUGGUAGCAGUCACUCAUUCUCCGCGUCAUUUGGUAUACCUCUUGAAACUGAUGUUCAAGACUCAUCAAAUAAGAUAGUUGAAGAAAUACCACAAGAAGUGCCUCUCAGUCGUCUUGCCUCACUUAACAAACCAGAGAUCUCAGUGCUUAUACUUGGUUCGAUUGCUUCUGCUAUCAGCGGAGUGAUAUUUCCAAUCUUCGCAAUACUUCUGUCGAAUGUUAUCAAAGCAUUCUAUGAGCCUCCACAAAUGCUAAAAAAGGAUGCCGAGUUUUGGUCAUCCAUGUUCUUGGUAUUUGGUGCAGUAUACUUCUUGUCGCUCCCUCUCGGCUCAUACCUUUUUUCAGUGGCUGGGUGCAAGUUGAUCAGAAGGAUCAGACUGAUGACUUUUGAAAAGGUGGUCAAUAUGGAGAUUGGAUGGUUUGAUCACCCAGAGAACUCAAGUGGCUCGAUCGGGGCAAGGCUAUCGGCCGAUGCAGCAAAAGUUAGGGGGCUUGUGGGUGAUACACUUCAACUGGUUGUGCAGAAUUCUGCAACUUUAGUUGCUGGUUUGGUAAUUGCUUUCGUAUCAAACUGGGAGUUAUCUCUGAUCAUCUUGGCGUUGAUACCACUCAUCGGCCUCAAUGGUUGGAUCCAGAUGAAAUUUAUUCAGGGAUUCAGUGCAGAUGCAAAGAUGAUGUACGAGGAGGCAAGUCAAGUGGCAAAUGAUGCUGUAGGCAGCAUAAGGACAGUGGCGUCAUUUUCAGCUGAAGAAAAGGUGAUGGACUUGUACAAGAAAAAAUGCGAAGGACCCCUGCGAACAGGGAUCAGGACAGGAAUAAUAAGCGGCAUUUGUUUCGGGGUUUCCUUCUUUCUGCUGUUUGGAGUCUACGCAGCAAGCUUCUACGCUGGUGCUCGGCUUGUCGAGGACAAGAAAACAACGUUUCCCAAAGUUUUCAGGGUGUUUCUUGCGCUCACAAUGGCAGCCAUCGGGGUGUCGCACACUAGUACCCUAACUACAGAUUCCUCCGAAGCGAGAUCAGCUGUAUCUUCUAUAUUCGCCAUAAUGGAUCGUAAAUCUACCAUAGACCCAAGUGACGAUGCUGGGGUGAGUCUGGAGCCACUACAGGGUGAUAUCGAGUUUCGGCACGUGAGAUUCAGAUACCCGACCCGCCCAGAUGUCCAGAUCUUCGAAGACCUGUGCUUGACAAUUCAGUCUGGAAAGACUGUGGCGCUUGUCGGAGAGAGCGGCAGCGGCAAAUCCACGGCGAUAUCGCUGCUGCAGAGGUUCUACGAUCCUGAUGCAGGCCAUAUACUUGUAGAUGGGGUGGACAUCCAGAAUUUCAAUCUGAGGUGGCUAAGGCAGCAGAUGGGGCUGGUGAGCCAAGAGCCGUCCCUCUUCAACGACACGAUCCGAGCAAACAUCGCCUACGGGAAGGAAGGGCAGGCGACGGAACCAGAAAUCAUCUCCGCCGCGAAAUUGGCGAACGCCCACGAGUUCAUCAGCUCGCUGCACCAGGGGUACGAGACGGUGGUCGGGGAGCGCGGCGCCCAGCUGUCGGGAGGGCAGAAGCAGCGGGUAGCGAUCGCGCGCGCCGUGGCCAAGGACCCGAGGAUCCUGCUGCUGGACGAGGCGACGAGCGCGCUGGACGCCGGGUCGGAGCGGGCGGUGCAGGACGCGCUGGACAGGGCGGCGGCGGGGCGGACGACGGUGGUGGUGGCGCACCGCCUGUCCACGGUCCGGGCCGCGGACGUGAUCGCGGUGGUGAAGGACGGGGCGAUCGUCGAGAGGGGCACGCACGACGCCCUGGUCGCCGUGAGAGGCGGCGCGUACGCGUCCCUCGUCGCCCUCCACUCGGCGGCCGAUGCCUCGCCGUCGUCGCUGUAAUGCCGCUCCGACGGAGGUCCGUCCGUGCGAGAGAGGGGGAUGAAGAUCUGGUGUAAUUAAUCCAGCUAAUUAAUCCGUUCAGGAGCCAGUCUCUGGGGCGAUCAGGGUCUGAUGAACUGCUCCCAAAACCUAAGCAUGAAAGAUUAUUUGUUUAUAGAAAUAGCAAAAUCCAAAUGUAAAUGGUACUACGUACUACAAAAGAAAAUGUUCCCUCCAACUAAAAAAAAGACAUUUAGCGCA